CUCUUCUCAUUGAUUGGCUUUAUCACCUGGGACCUAUAAAUUAGCUGCUUCUAUGUUCUUCAAGCGACACAAAUUCCACGUACGUCAUUUAUCAGGUGCAACGUGUCCGCUCAUUACCAAAAAAGAAGCCGGAAGCUCAAGUCUCCGUAAAGAAGACUAGACGCACCAUCAAUCUGUUGGAAGAUCCUUCGCUUCGCCACAAUGUUUAGCAUUCGCGGCCUCGUGCGCGCCAUCUUCGACGAGCAGCGGCAGCCCACACCGUCGCCUCGUUCUCGACGCAAAAUGCGAGAUGACGACGCCAAACGCCUACGCUCACAGUCGCUAGUAAAUGGCGCCGAGAGCGAGCCCAUGUACGUCCCCAAGAGCUUUGAGGGCGAAUACAACGUGUGUUUCCGUCGCAAGCCGCUGGGCGUGGGGCUCGUGCCCAGCUCGCAGCUCUACGGCUCAUGGGAAGUGAGCUCCGUGCAAGAGUCGGAGGGCGACGACGCGCCGAUCGACAAGAUGGGCAUCACCAAGGGCGACGUGCUGAUCGCCAUCAACUUUAGCUGCAGCAAGGCGCAGCUACCGCGUGCCAGACUGGCUGCUUACCUACGCAAGUGCUCGUGUCCCAUCGUCAUGACGUUGAGAAACCCGGAAAUCUACGGGUCUUAUGACUCGCGAGCCAUGUCGACCGCCAUGUAUCCAGCCUCAGUGGACUACCAUCUCCACGGCUACUCCAGUAAAGUAGUAGCUAGAGCGUCGUCCAUGCAGUGGCGACGUUCACUGGAGCACGACUUGGCUCUCAAUGCCAAGGAGGCAAAGAACGAGAAGUCUCGACAACUGGCCCAAGCGCUAGUGAGCAAAGACAUGGAUACUAUCCAUGAAGCUCCCCCAGCUGGCAUCGCUGGAGCGUUGGAGAUCCGGGAGAUCGACACUGCUGUAAGUGGACUAGAAGAGAAAGAAGUGGGACUCAGUAUGUCCGAACUGGGCGAGUUUGACGUCACAUUCCACGAGACUCCGCUGCAUCUAUCGCUGGCACCGUCUACGAGACUCUAUGGGUCAGUGGAAGUGUACGAUCCUAAACACCAUGCACCCACAGUACAAGUAGGGGACGUGAUAAUGGCAGUCAAUGGCUACUCGUCGAUGUCGCGUCUCCCGUCCGACGACGUUAUCGACGCCAUUACCGAGUUACAAGCUCCAGUCACGCUACGUUUCCGCCGUCCAGUGGCGUACCGCAAAUACCUGGCAACAUUCUUCCAAACGAAGAGGAAAGAGCUCUCGUCCGAGUCUAUCGCACGCGCCAUGUUCCCGCCGACACCUGAGUACAAGAAGAAAACACCUAAGCACGAGCCCAAGAGAAUCAUUCAGCCAGGAACACUCGUCUCGCAAAGCUUCAUUGAGCCUGAAACAUCAGACUUAUCACCGAAGAAAGUUUCAACCCCUGUCAACAAAAAUGAAGAGCGACUGAGAGAGUUCAAAGCCUUCGCAGCGAAAAUCGGAGCACUGGAUCAGUUUAAACUGUGGUCUGGAGGUGAAGGUCCGAAUGGAGGGAGGCCAUUAGUCGGACAUAGGUCGGCGUUCCUGACUGAGAAGCACAUGCAAUUCCUGUGGAAGAACUUGCCCAAUUAUCUGACGUGCAAUCAGAUGGAGCUCAUCUACUCGACUCGAGUGCACGGCUGGAGCUUCCUGAGCUUCUUCGAUCGCCUUCAGAACAAAGGACCGACAAUCUUGGUGAUUCAGGACGAGAACGACAACAUUUUCGGUGCGUUCUGUCCGGCGUCGUGGAAGCGCUCGAAGGCGUUCUUUGGCAACGGGAGGACUUUCGUGUUCUCUCUGAGUCCGCACAUGAACGCGUACAUGUGGUCGGGCAUUGACAGCUCGUUCAUGUACACACAGCGUGAUGCCAUCUUCGUUGGCGGUGGCAACAAGGGCAUUGCGUUGUGUCUCCAGCUGGACGACCGACGCGGAUUCACGCAUGCCUGUACGACAUUCGACUCACCUCCUCUGGUCGACUACCAAAGCUUCCGCGCUGAGACUGUCGAGGUCUGGGGAUUCCAUGGACUGAAGGUGUAAGGUCUCGAUCAUGGACAGCAAGCAAAACACCCUGAAUCAUGACGUCGUAGGUAUGUGUACAAUGGUUUUUAUUUUAUCCUAGCUGAAUACUUAAGUAAUUAUCUCUUAUCAAGUCCUUCAUCUUGCGUUCUUCACAA